AGUUACAAACGCGGCUGACCGUGUGCGCGCUGGUCUCUCAGUCGGUCCGUGGUGAUGGGGUCGUGGGCCAAGUGCAAGAGCUGCCUGACGGCUGGCUUGCUGCAGAACAAGGCGGCCAUCGUCACUGGCGGGGGCACGGGCAUCGGAAAGGCCAUCACCAGGGAGCUCCUGCACCUCGGCUGCAAUGUGGUCAUUGCCUCCCGGAAGUUGGAGAGAUUACAGGCUGCUGCGGAAGAACUGAGGGCUGAGUUACCCGACAGCAGCCAGGCUCAAGUCACUCCCAUACAGUGCAACAUCCGGAAAGAAGAGGAGGUAAAAAAUUUGGUCAAAUCUACCAUAGAUAUUUACGGUAAGAUUGAUUUCUUGGUCAACAAUGGAGGAGGUCAGUUCCUGUCUCCUGCCGAGGACAUCACGUCAAAGGGUUGGCAUGCCGUGAUUGAAACCAACCUGACAGGCACCUUCUACAUGUGCAAAGCAGUGUAUAAUGCCUGGAUGAAGGACCAUGGAGGGUCUAUUGUCAACAUCAUCGUCGUUACUAAAAAUGGAUUUCCAACAGCUGCGCACACUGGAGCUGCAAGAGAAGGUGUUUACAACCUCACCAAAUCCUUAGCUCUGGAAUGGGCCAAGAGUGGCGUGAGGAUCAAUUGUGUUGCCCCUGGCACCAUUUAUUCCCAGACUGCUGCUGACAACUAUGGUGAGAUAGGACAAGCCAUGUUUGAGAGAUCCAUUCACCGCAUCCCAGCUAAGCGACUUGGAGUUCCGGAGGAGAUCUCCUCUGUGGUGUGCUUCCUGCUGUCUCCUGCAGCUUCCUACAUCACUGGGCAGUUGGUAGAUGUGGAUGGGGGUCAGUCUCUGUACAGCCACUCCUUUGAGGUUCCGGAUCAUGACAACUGGCCUGACGGAGUGGGAGACCUUUCUACCGUGAAAAGGAUGAAAAAGUCUUUUAAGCAGAAAGCCAAUCUCUGACCCGAGGAUGCCAAGUGUCUAGUUUCAAGUGCCUUCACAUCUUGUGCCUUUGGAAGAACUUAUGAUUUGCAUGAGAAAAUAAUUCCUGUUUUUCAAUGUUUCAAUUAUAACUGUGCAUAAAUUAUCCCCAAAUACAUUUUCUCAGAUCCUAAACAAUGUGACUGGUAACCCCUGGCUUAACAGUUUUAGGAACCCUCAAAUUAGCAUACUUAAACUGAUUAUGUUAAGGUAAUAUGAAAAUGAAGAUUCAAAUGAUUGGAGGGACCAUGAACUUCCAGAGGAUUUUAAUGCUUCACUGUAAAUUUAGAAACUAUAUGUGAAUUGUGCCAUCAUGCUAAUUGUUACAACUAGAAUUCUACAAUGACUUAUUUUUGAUGGCGAAUGUCUCGGUGAGAUCAGUAAUGUUCUCUUUCAUGAUCAUUAGCAAAGUGUAGAUUGUUUUGUCCCUGACGUCAAAUUGGUAUUAAACUCUGAAUUCAAAGAAAAA